AUGUCAGCAACGACAUGGUUGGCUGGCAUUUGUGGUUUCUUGGCAUUGAUGCUGGUGCUGGUAUACUACAUUCUUCUCUCCCGUCUGACGAAGAAGAAGGCGAAAGGCAGAAAGAAACGUCGGCAAGAUCUUGCUCAACAGGAGGAUCCCUUCGAGCCGGCAGCGCGCCGGCACAGCGUCCGAACACCAGAACCAGGUGAGCGUGGUCAGAUGACGCAGAUGACCAAAGAGGAGAUGGCAGCACAUCUAGGCCGUGGCCCAGAGACCAUCGAGAAAGAGCAAGCGCUCAAGCAGGGGAUCCCAGGCGUGACGCGCUACACGUUUUCCGAAGAUUGCAGCACUGCCUGUGAAGGUCUCUUGAAAGCCUCAGAUCCGUCAAGUAAGAUGAAGAGCAUGACGCAAAGAAAUGCAUGUGGAUCAUAUGUGAUUGAGGUUCAUGGUGUUCUGUAUCCAUUUGUCUCUGAUGUCCAGUUGAAGUGGCAGCAAGUGGCUGCCAGUAAGUGUGGCUGCAGAAUGGUGGUGGCAAAACUCGCCUGUUUUGGCGAACACUUUUCAUGGCUGACAUGUUGUUCUGAAACAUUUGGUCCUCUGGGCAACCCACGCUGUUGGAGCCAGGGCUAUGAUUUCUCAACCUGCUGCAAAUUGGCUGCCUCGAACCAGCAUGAUGCGGGGAUUCCGUAUUUCUUCGCAUCCAAUCUACGAGUUGAAUUGCAACCACAUGGAAGAAAUGAUUCCGUGGAGUUGCAGCUGUAUCAGCGGUCUGCGAUUGGCCAAUCAGCCAGUGAUUUGGUGAGAACUCAUGGUAGUGGCUGGGCCGCUGGCUUGCUAUGGACCGGCAGCUACCAGUUGUUGAGGUGGUAUGAGUGUUUAGCUGAUCUUCCUCGCAGUAUGUGGCUCCGGCGCCACUACAUUGAGUUCGGUGGAGGGGUUGGCGCCAGCAGCAUCGCUGCUGCAUUCAAUGGCGCUUACGUGACCCUGGUGGAUGCGUUUGUGACUGACGAGCUGUUGGACAACCUUGAGGUCAACUUGCCUUCACAAGUACGAGAAAGGGUGAAAGUUUGCCAGAUGAACUGGACGCAGCCUUUGCAGGAAAACUUGGCGCAGCUGAAGACAUGCCUGGCGGAGCGGCCACCUGCGCAAGAAUUGAAGUUUGAUCUCAUCGGCUGCGGUACAUCCAUCUACAGUCCAUCCUACAUGAUGCCGCUGAUACAUGCGAUCAGCAAGCCCAGGACACGUGUCUUCGUGGCUCCUUCUGUGUCAGUGCAGACAUUCCUGGAUCGUUGGGGCCGCUUCGCCUCCCGCUACUUCCAGCAAAUGCUGGUACGUGACGACAUGGGAUUGACAGAGGUGCACAGAUCGUCUUGGGCACCACAUUGUGGGGACGACUGCCCCUUCUUCGAGCUGUCCAAACCACGAGGUACUCCUCGCGUUCAGCGUUUGGAAUAUUCGUACAAAGGUCCUGCGUGUGCCGCAAGGAUCAGAUCAGGGCGAAAAGGUUUAAAAAGGCAGACGGCAGACUGUAUUGUUGCGACUUUGCAACUUCCCUUCAGUCUUCCUGGGCAGAAGACUUCUUAA